AUGACUCUCCUCCAAUUCUUACGACAAGCCCGUCAAAUACACCUCAAAUUUCUUUCGGGUGCCCUACCAGAGCCCCCAAUCUAUGUAAUCGGCAAUCCCUCCGCCGAUCUUGACUCCAUCGUCUCGGCAAUCAUCUACUCCUACUGCGCGAACAACAAGCUCCCAGUCACAGCCCCAAGACCCCAUAUCCCUCUCUUGAACCUGCCCAACUUUCCCGCUGGCACGGAGCUGUACCGACUAAGACCAGAAUUCUCAGCUGCACUAUGGUCAUCAACCAAUUUCCCCGUGCUGAAAAGUGAUGAGCAAUUCGAGAACACCCUACAGUCCGCCGGGAAUUUCCUACGCGAGCAUGUCAUGACAGUCUCGGACUUUGCGGAAUCGCUCAAAGACCAGCAUGUCUGGAAGCAGAUACUUGCUGAUGCAACGCUGGUAGACUGGAACGCGUUUUCCCGCCCUUCAAAGACCGAUAAGGGCUCGGGAUCCCUAACUGGAUUACCGGGUGUCACCUUCCGGACUGUUGGAUGUAUCGACCAUCACGUGGACGAACACUCCAUGCCAAGCACUGAUGAAUUACCAGAAGGUCAGCCGAUGGUUAUUCAGCCGGGACCUGGAUCAUGUGUAUCUCUCGUCACGCGCGAGUUGCAAGAACGGAAACUUUGGGAUGCGGGCCCGGAGAUGGUGCAGGUUGCGAAGCUUGCUCUUUCAGCCGUGUUAAUUGAUACCUCGAAUCUCACUGCGGAAGGCAAAGUGACCGAUGUAGAUCGUAUGGCUGUUCAAUUCCUUCGAUCUCAAGUAGAGGAGGAAUCACAAGGCGGUUGGGAUUUGGAGACGUUCUACAAAAGUAUUCUUCAUGCUAAGGAGAAUAGCCUCGAUCUUCUUACUCCGGGUGAAGCUUUGGACCGCGACUACAAAGACUGGACUGAGACGGCACAGUCCUCGGGGAAGACCGUGAAAAUGGGCUUCUGCUCUGCCGUUAAGCCGAUGCGAUGGAUUGUACAGAAGGCGGGUAGUCCGGAGAAAUUCCUCGAUGCUUUGCGCUCGUUUGCAACUUCUCCCGAGAAAGACUUGGAUGUGCUUGUUCUUAUGACCGCCUUCACAGGCAAUAACAACAAAUUUUGUCGCGAGCUGUUUAUCAGCGUGAUGAGUGACAAUGAAUCGGCCGUUAAUGGUGUCAAGAGGUUUGUUGAGCACUGCUCUGACCAUCUUGGGCUCAUAGCAUGGUCUCCGCUCGAUGGGGAAGAUAUUCCUGAGCUGACAGGAGAUUCUCUAACUAUAUUGAAUGAGGAUUCACCCCACUGGAGGAAACUGUGGGUGCAGACCAACGCGGCUGGAAGUAGGAAGCAGGUUGCGCCGUUGUUGCGGGCAGCAGUAGCUCAACUAUAA